UACAUCACACCUGCUCCCACUGUCAUCUGUUUCCUGUGUUGACCAUGACUGGAUGGAGCUGCCUGGUGACAGGAGCAGGAGGGUUUGUGGGCCAGAGGAUCAUCAAGAUUUUGGUGCAGGAGAAAGAACUGCAAGAGGUCAGAGCUCUGGACAAAGUCUUCAGACCAGAAACCAAGGAGGAAUUCUCUAACCUGCAGACAAAGGCCAAUGUGACAGUGUUGGAAGGAGACAUUCUGGAUGCCCAGUGCCUGAGGAGAGCCUGCCAGGGCAUCUCUGUUNUCAUCCACACUGCUGCUGUCAUUGAUGUCACAGGUCUUGUGCCCAAGCAGACCAUCCUAGAUGUCAAUCUGAAAGGAACAAACCUAUUGGAGGCCUGUGUUCCAGCAAGUGUGCCAGCCUUUGUUUUCUGCAGCUCAGUUGAUGUUGCAGGGCCCAACUCGUACAAAAAGAUCAUCCUGAAUGGCCACGAGGAACAGAAUCAUGAAAGCACAUGGUCUGAUCCAUACACAUAUAGCAAAAAGAUGGCUGAGAAGACAGUACUGGCAGCCAAUGGGAGCAUGCUGAAAAACGGUGGCACUUUGAAUACUUGUGCCUUAAGGCCCAUGUACAUUUAUGGGGAGAGAAAUCCAUUCAUUUCUAAUGCAAUAAUUACGGCCCUCAAAAAUAAGGGUAUUCUGUGUGUUACUGGCAAAUUAUCCAUAGCCAACCCAGUGUAUGUGGAAAAUGUGGCCUGGGAACACAUUCUGGCAGCCAGGGGCCUUCGAGAACCCAAGAAGUCCACAACCAUUCAAGGACAGUUCUAGUACAUCUCAGAUGACACCCCUCACCAAAGCUAUGAUGAUUUAAAUUACACCCUGAGUAAGGAAUGGGGGCUCCGCCCUAAUGCCAGCUGGAGCCUUCCUCUGCCCCUGCUCUACUGGCUUGCCUUCCUGCUGGAAACUGUGAGCUUCCUGCUACGUCCACUCUACAGGUAUAGACAUCUCUUUAACCACCACUUGGUCACACUGUCAAAUAGCACGUUCACUUUCUCUUACAAGAAAGCUCAGCGAGAUCUUGGCUAUGAGCCACUUGUCAGCUGAAAGGAGGCAAACCAGAAAACCUCAGAGUGGAUAAGGAUACCAGUGGAACAGCACAGGGAGAGACUGGACACAAAGUAUCAAUGA